UAUAAUAUAGACUAGGUUUUUAUAAAAAAAAAUCUCAAUAAAAUAUCUCAACAGAUAUUUAUUUUACAUUAAACUUUUUAGAUUAUGGUCUAUUGAUUUGUAAAAAUGCAUCUCGGAUUAGUCUUAGUAUGUGUGAUACUUGGCAGUUUCGAUAGCAUUAGUUCUGUAGAUGGCAAAUUAAACAAAAACGAAUAUGCAUUAUAUUUUAAAUAUGUAACAAACACUAUUCGUCAUCAAAAUGUGUGGAAAACCCUACAACAUUUAAAAAUUAUAAAUGCUCAUAAUAAUAUGAUUGAAAUUCAAGAUCUAUUUGAAAGUAAUUUAAAGAAUACGAGUACGGUAGAAAUGACAGACAUAUUUUAUAUUAUAAGUGAUUUAUUAAAUUAUUUAUUCGCUGAAGUAUUAAAAAUCUUUAGUGAACACAUGCGGAUCAUUAUUGAAGAUUGUGAACAAUUUUUCAAUAGAAAUUUAACAAAAUAUAGCGUCAAUUGCACAAUGUUGUUAUUGAAGGCAGCUAAAAGUUCUAAUGUGAUGUUUGAACAUUUAUAUAAAAUCAUAAAUUUUAUCGAAUACAUAGAUGUGAAAUUUGUGACGCGCAACUCAUUAGAAAAUCAAAACAUAGUAUAUGAAGAUAUGUACACUGUUAAGGAAUUUACGUAUUUAUUGGAAUCGCCAGAUAUUUUGGAAUUUUCGAAUAAUGACGGGAGCCCUGAAGUCGAAAAAGCUAAAAAAAUGUUAACAAAAAUUGAGAACUUUAUCGAAAAAACAGCUAUAUCAGCAAAUGAUAUUUUAAAUAAAUGCUCCAAUAUAGUGGACUAUUCAAUAAAAUCCAACUGGCGAGAAAAAUACAAUAAUGAAUUCGUCAAUAAAAAAUACAAAACUAUGAUUUUUGUUGAUUUUAUUAUCCAAAAACUUGACGUUUACUACAUGGAAAUCAUAACUAAAUAUUAUUACAAUAUGGGGUUUAAUGUAUUACUCAAUCGAUCAUUAGUCGAGCUCACACAUCAUCAAAGUUAUGAAUUUUGUCAAAAAGAAUCCAUUGAAAAAUUUAAUGCAUUGCUUCAAAAUGGUAAUUGGGAACUAUUGAAUAACAUAAGUAUAAAAUAUGGAAAUAAAUUAAUCACUAUCAAUCGCAUUCUUAGAGACAUGGUGGAUGACUUUAAUUGUAAUCUUAAAAAAAAAUACUUUACACAACUAUUAAGGUGCAGAUAUACUAAAGUAUUGGCAGAAUAUGAUACAUAUAUGAGUACUAUAAUAGAAAUUUGCAGAAGUGAAAAAUCUAGGAAUUGUUUAGAUCGAUAUAUUGAUUGCGUAAUACAAUUUUUUCAUUCAGUUAAAGAAUCUAAAAUAAUGUUAUCAAACAUGUUGUUAGCUUUAGAUACACUAAAAAUUACAACAAUUUGGGAAGUAAAUAAUAAUUCAUCAGUAUGUUUAUCAUUAACACAUCAAGUAUUGAGCAAUUUUUUGUCCAAGAUAGAAAAAAUGAAUAUACCGAAAAUUGAUUCCACCAUUAAACCUAAAUACGUUGGAGAAAUAAUAGCUAAUGAUUUGAUAAUUGUAUUUCAAAAUUCUAGGAAAUAUUUUACUAAAUCACUUAAGAAUUACCAUAGAAUAAUUAAUAAAUAUUGUCAGUUUAAUAAUGAACAUAAUCAAGAAGAAAAAUUAAUAAAUUCUUUGAAAGAAAAGUUUAUUGAAAAUAUUUAUAAUAGAUGUAAUUAUUUGUAUCAAUUCGCUAUUAAUCAAUUUACAAAUUUUUUUAGUGAGAAAGCUAAAAGUGAAUAUGAAGAUUUAGGAUUUAAAAAAAUAUCUAAUAUUCAAUAAGCAUGUUAUGUCGUUUAACUUGUUUUUAUUUUUUUUGUAAAUCUUCCCAGCAAUUUUUAUCAUUAUAAUUAUAAGUUACCCUAUAAAUAAUCUUUUUAAAUAAUAUCUCUUAAGUUUUGAUUAACAUUAAUUAAAUAAACUUACUAUAUCAUAUUUAAGCAGCGAUGCGCAGCUGAGAAGAUAUUAAUUUUACUAUGAUGUAUUUUUUAUUAAUUUUUUUUGUGUUUGUCAACGUUCAAUCUCAGCUAUCGCUGGUCCAAUUUUGAUGAAAAAUAUGUCAAAAGAUCACAAAUCUUAUCUAAUCGACGACAUUAUCCUCAAAAUUUGAAAGAAAAAUCCCUCGUUCCCCGUAAACGGGGGAAAUCCCCCCAAAAAAUUACAAAAUUUAAAUAUUGCUAAUUUUCGACAUUUUUUUAAGUUUUAGCUGCGAUGCGCAGCUGAGAAGGUAUUAAUUUUACUAUGAUGUGUUUUUUUUUUUUGUGUCUGUAUACGCUCAAUCUCAGCUCUCGCUGGACCGAUUUUUAUGAAAAAUAUGUCAAAAGAUCACAAAUCUUAUCUAAUCGACGACAUUAUCCUCAAAAUUUGAAAGAAAAAUUCCUCGUUCCCCGUAAACGGGGGAAAUCCCCCAAAAAAAUUACAAAUAAAAAAAUGACCGAAUCAAUAUAAUUUUUUUUUUUUAUAGAUAUCUUAGGUAUUUACCUAUCAUUUUAUAUAUAUUUGUAAACAUUUGACUCUUAACAAGCCACAGGAAAGGUUUCAAAAUGGUAACAUUUUUACAAAAAAUUAACUUUUUCAACUUAACUUUUGAUAAUGUUCCAGAAAGACUGACACUUUUAUAUAUACUUUAAUUUGAAAAAAAAAAUUUGACCUCUGGACUUGUUUUCGUGGUGAAAACGGACAUCAAAGUUAAUGAAAAACGUACUAUUUCCGUGAAAAAAUUCUCGAUUUUAUAUUAUCAAAUUUAUAUUGCUAUAACUUUUGGAAAAAUGUAUGGAUCAAUAUUAUUAUUUUUUUGUAAUAAAUUUUUAUAUACCCCUUUCAACGGACACACUUUUUUUGUAAAUCGGAUCAUAUCCCUUUAUAGAAGGGGGGUCAAAACUUAAAACAUGCGUAUUGAAACUAGGACAUUUUAAAUUUAAUUUUGGAAAGUAUUCCGGAAAUACUGACACUUUUAUAUAUACCUUAAAUUAAAGCUCAUGUAAUAUACUUUAAUUUGGAAAAAAAAAUUCGAAAUAUAGAUUUGUCUACAUGAUGAAAAUGGAUACCGUAUUCAAAAAUAUGGUAUUUUUGUGUUAAAAUUCUGGGCUUUGUAUAUUAUUUUAUUUUAAAAUACCUGACAAGGGGAGUACACUGAUUUUCAUAAAUAUUAUAUAAAUCAAAUUGAUAUAGCAUAGAAAGUUAAACUUAUUUAAAUUUUUUUGCAUUUUUUAAGUCGAGAAAAAUAACUUUGAAAUUUGAACUAAGUUGCCAUUUUUUUCGGUCGACGGAAGCGACGUACGGUUGUCGAGUCGGUAAAGCUUGUGUCUUACGCGCUUGGCGUACAAUGUUUCAACCCACGUAUGGCAAGGAAUUUUUUGCAUUUUUUUCUUAAUUAUUUUUAUGUUGUAAUAAAUUUUCAAUUUCUUUUUAUCUCAUUUAGAUUCAACAACUUCAAUAAAGAUCAAGGAUCCCAUCACUGUAGUCGCCAUUAGCGAAAAGAAUUUUCUUAUUCAUAUUAAAAUUAUUUUACUAUAUUUUAUGUUAUAGCUUUGAUGCUAAGUUGAGAAGGUAUUUUUUUGUGACUA